AUGACGUCGGAGCAACGUGCUGGCGGCGACAACCACGUCGUCCUUUUCGCCAAACGACCAGGUCCUUCGCUAUGCUUUACCAGAUUUCCUUUUUUUUUGGUAUGUAGCAUAAAAAUGGGAUUGAAAACAUUGUCAAGAUCAAAGUCUGUUAGAACAUCAGGAUGUUCAAACCUUUCAAACAUCGAGUUUUUUGGAUAGUGAUAUUAGAGGAGAGCUAAUGUACUCCAGAAUGACCUUCCGCUUUUUUCGAGUAUCGGGUUUUGAAAGAGUUUCGAUGGCAGGUGAGAAUAACUCGGCGACGGUGGACUGCUUCGCGGUGAUUCCCGUGGAAAGUCCGACGGCGAGCGACGUGGGUGUCGACCAAUGCCUCAUCCGGACUCUUUUCCUCUCCGUCGAUCCCGCUCAGGUACUGCUCCAGAUCUAAAUAAGAUUUCGGAAAAGUUCCCAGAAAAAAGGUGAAAUCGUUUUGAUGAAAGUCAUAAGCUUCUUCAGUGUGGUCGUACGUUGUUUAUAAAUAAAAGCUAAAUAUAAUUUGAACCUUAUUGGCCGUUUUUCAAUAUGGAUGGAAUUCAAAAAAAAAUUGAUAAAAUUUGCACAUUUUUGGAAAAAAAUAAAAAGAGCAUGUCCAUAGUCGGAUGCUUACCAUGUUUAGUAGAGUUCACCAAACCGAUCAUUCAACCAUUUCAAUUGAUCAAACUAUUGACAUGUCACUGUUCAACCAAAUUUUAGAAUGUCAUUUUUUGAGAGAUCGUUUAUCAGGUCAGUUUUUGAUCUCUUACAUCAAUGAUCAAUCAUUGGAUUUUAACGUUUUGAUAGAUCGAUAUUUCGAGCGAAAUUUUAAGGAUAACAUUUCGACCAAUAAUUUUUUCGACCAACAUUUACAAUACAACAUUUCGACCAAUAAUUUUUUCGACCAACAUUUACAAUACAACAUUUCGAUCAAUCAUUUUUUCGACCAAUAUUUUGAGCAUAACAUUUUGAUCGAUCGAAAUUCCGAGCGAUCGAUUUUCAAAACAGAUCGCUCACACGGGGCAGGUUUUCGGAGUACUAGUAAAAAGGUGAAAAUAUUUCCUUUUUUUCCGACAAAUUAAAGUUUUUGCGAUUUUCUUGAACUUAUUUGUUAUAGUCUAUACAGCAUUGUAUAAAUUUUUUUUUUUAGUACCAGUGAACACAGAGAAACAGAAAAACGAUGAUGAUAUUUCAUUACGAAAAAUCAAAAACGAAAUUCUGAAGAACAUUUGAAAGCGAAGCGGGUUUUGAACAAUAGUUUCAAACAUACUUUUUAACAAAAACUCAUUUCGAUCAAUCAUUAUUUCGAUCAAUAUUUUCAAUACAACAUUUCGAUCAGUCAUUAUUUCGACCAAUAAUUUGAGCAUAACAUUUUGAUCGAUCAUUUUUUCGACCAAAAUUUUUAACACAACAUUUUGAUCGAUUAUUUUUUCGACCAAAAUUUUUAACACAACAUUUUGAUCAAUCGAAAACUGAACGAUCGAUUCAAAAUGAUCUCUCAUUUGAAUGAAAUGUUGACAUGUCGAAAAAAAGAGAGAUCAUAAUCAUGAGACAUGUUAAUCUUUCGGUAGCAAGAAAUGUUAAUCAAUCAUAUUUUUGGUAACAUGUCAUGAAAAUAUUGGUUGAACGUUUGGUCGAACGAUCGGUUUGGUGAACUCUAAUGUUUAGACCUCUGCAAGACUUUUUUGCUUUUAGAAAAAAAAAACUCCUUUUCUUUUUAGAACUUCGGUAUGACUGAGGUCUGCAGAAAAAGUUAUGAAUUAAAAAAAAAAGCAAGAAUGAAAGAAGGCCUUUCAGAGGUGUCGGAUGAACGCUUCCACCGGCGUCGAUUAUUUGGGUCCAUAUGUUAUCGGUGAGCCAGUUGACGGAAUGGAAGGCGUCGGAAUAGUCGAGGUGAAUCUUCAAUUUUCCGCCAGAAAUGCAGAAUCAGUUUCUUGAAUAUUUUUUGCUGUGAAAUUGUAUGAAAGAUCUCGAAAAAAGUUAUUUUUCCAUGAUCCUGGUUUUCAAACGAAACCUUUUUUCUCAUCAAUGGACCUUCAUCUCGUCCUGCCUUCAGAUAGCCGGCUCAUCUUGCUCAUUGCAAGUCGGAGAUAUCGUGACGUCAUGUGCCCAUCUUUGGACGUGGACCAAGUUUUUUGUCGCCGAUUGCAGUGAUUUGGUGAAGGUUUUAUUCAUUUUUGUAUUUUUUUUCUGAGAAGUAAGAUAUUUUUUUCACUCCUUCUCACAAUUGAGUUCUAGGUGAAUCUGCCCCCCGGAUUUUCGCCGUCAGUUAUUCUGUCGGCCGUGGGACUGUCCGGCAUGACGGCUCUUCUGGGAAUUCAGAAACGGGUAAGUCCGAUCAUUUCUAUUUCUAGGAGCUCAGUUUUCCCUCUUUUAGGCUCGCAUUGACAGGAACAAACCACAAACAAUCGUUGUAUCGGGCGCCGCAGGAAGUUGCGGAUCUUUGGCCGGACAGGUUCAUUUCUCACUUUUUUAAAUUCUGCCCCUCAGAAAAAAUAUCUGACUUCUCAGAAAAAAUACAAAAAUGAAUAAAACCUUCACCAAAUUCAAUAAUAAUUCUUAACGCUAGGAUGUAAAAUAUCGAUUCAUAGAAAUUGGACUAGUUCUCUACCUCCCUUUAAGAUAAUAUUCGAACUUCUAAUUUAUCAAGUUUUGAUGAAUUUUAAUAUGAAAUUGGGCUGUGUGGAAUUGAUGAAAAACUUUUUUCAUAGAUUGCUAGGAUUGAAGGAUGCUCGAAAGUGAUAGGCAUCUGCGGGUCGGAAGCGAAAUGCAGAGUUCUGGUAAAGUUUUGAUGGCAACGCCUCAAGAAAGAUUUUUUCUUGAGAGGGAGGAGCUUGGUUUCGACUCGGCCAUCAACUAUCGAGCGGAGCCAAUCGGAGAGCGUCUUCGGGUCUUGGCUCCCGAAGGCGUCGACAUCUACUGGGACAACGUUGGAGGCUUCAUCAGCGAUGCCGUCAUCCAACAGGUCCCGAGUAACUCGGAAAAUGUGUUUUUUGCCUGAUAGAAUCACCAUUUCUUUCUCUGAACUGUUCUUCUCAGAUGAAUGAGAAUGGGCGCGUAGUGUUGUGUGGACAAAUUGCCGUCUACAACACAGAUCUGCCUUAUCCUCCUCCGAUCCCCCAUGAAACCGCAGAAAUGAUCCAAAGGAGAAAUAUCAUUCGGUUUGCGUUCACUUUGUCAAAAGUUCAUUUCUACUUCAGUGAAAGAUUCCUUGUUUUAACCUAUAAAAACGAGAUGGAUGAAGCCGUGGAGCAACUUUCGCGCUGGCUUCAAGAAAACAAAAUCAAAGUUCGGAUUAGCUGGUUGUGAAAGGAUCUUAUCCCGUUUUCAGAUAAAAGAAACAAUUUAUGACGGUCUUUCUGCAGCUCCACAGGCUUUCAUCGACAUGAUGUCGGGCAAGAACAUCGGCAAAAUGCUUAUUCGUGUGUGAAUUUUUUCCAUUUAUUAUUAAUCAAUUGUUAGGAAUGUGUGUUGUAUAGUUGAUAUACCAGAAAUAGUGUUCAAUUGUUGGACAUAUACUUUUAGGACAUUAUAUGAAAUCACCCUUUUCUUCUCACAUUCUUCUUUUUACUGGUCUUCAGUUUUAAACCGGUGUUUAGAAUCUUGCGAAAGACAUAUUUGUGGCCCAGAGUUUUUUUUUCUGUAUAAAUAUUUUCUGUACAAUGUUUGGUGAAAUUUCAAAAAUAAAUUUAUGUUUCGCUUUUUUUUAAUUAAAAAGAUCAGAAUAAAGAACUACAUAUCGAAAUUUCGAACCAUAUUAGCUUUCUACAAAGCAAUCUAUUACUGAAAACAGUAUAUAUUAUGAAGCCACCCAUUUCUAAAGUUUAUGAACAGAUUUCAAAGAAGGCCGUUCAAAAUAUGGGAGUUUAUCUCCUUAAGAGGCCCCUGGGGAGAUAGUUUUUCUUCUGAGCGCACUUGCCUUUCUACCAUUUUUUCAUCUUCAAAUUUUAAAAGUUUAAAAAUUAUUUUUUUUUUCUGAAUCUCUUUACCUGAAUUAUUUUGAUGGAAGUUGUGGAAUGUCGUGUUUGCGCAUUAACCAACUUUGAAGUCUUGGAAAUACUUUGAAAGAAGUCAAAAAAGCUGAAGACGAGAAGUCGAAAGGCGAGCGUUCCAAGCAGCUCUCAACGGUAGUUUAUGAGGUUUUCUAAUUUAUUUUUUAAACUUGAAAAUAAUAUACUAUUUUUUCAGACUACGAAAUAUCUAAAAAAUACACCGGCACUCGUUCAAACGAAAGAGUCUAUUCAUCAAUUGAUCCCGAAGUUGAAGCCUUUCAAGGUUUUUUGUAUUUCUUGGUUGUUGAAGUGAUAAAGCCUUUUCAGUUAACUUCUGCCGAAUUAUUGCAAAUUAUCAACCUGCGACCUUCAGCACCAACAGAUGUUUGUUUUAUUUAUUAUUUAUAUUUCAUUAAAUCAUCUCUAGAUCCAACUUCUUGUUGAGGAAACAGAAGAGCGAUUUCCUUUAGAAACCGAGCUUGAGGAACUUGUAAAUGUAAGCUUUUCUUUCGACUUCAACACGAAAAAUAUCGAAUUUAAGGUCAUAACCGAGUGUCUACCAACGCCUCCUAAGACUAUUGAGUAG